AUGUCCUUGCCAACAACCCCACCAAGGGAGAACAGGAGAGGAACACGCACGCGCAAGCGUGUGGAGCGAUACGAACCAACACAAGGCAAGACGCGCUCGGAGGACAACAGCGACGCAUCUGGCACCGAGACCGAUGAUGACCCUACGCCGCGUAAGAGCAAGCAAGCCGCGUCACGCAAGGCCGCCGGCACUGCCGCUACCACCAGGCGAAAGAAACAAGUGUCCAAGCCUGCUCCUCCAGCAACCGUUCCCGAGCCUGUUGAAGGGUUCAAGACUGACUCACCAUUCUUCAAUGCACUCCUCCAGCCGGAUGUCGCACUCCAGCCUCUUGCCGAGGACUGGGUUCACACCUACCAGGGAUCCGCCGGUGAUGCGGACGCGGAGAAGGCGGCUGUCCAUGAGCUUGUGCUCUUCUUCGUGCGCGCCUCCGGUUUGAACGCCGACGUCGACGAAGACGAGGCCAUGGACCAGGACGGCGUCAACGACACUGUGGAGCGUAUCCAGGACGAGAGCGUCAAGACCAAUGCCGCAACGUAUCCACUCACUUCGCGAACAAAGAACCUGCGCGUGUUCAAGGCCAACCUUACAACAAUCGUGUCCCAGCUCGUCGCGACGCUCUACCUCACCCCGCACCUCUUUGACGACGCGACCACCACCAAGCACUCGCUCCCCCUCAUGCCCCUCCUCCUCGCCUGGCUCCUCCAGAUGAGCGUGUCCCCCCUGCGCCCCAUCCGUCACACCGGCACCUUUAUCACCCUCAAGAUGACCACGGCGCUCUGCGAGGCGGCCGCUACAGCUAGCAACGAGCUCAGCAUCAAGCAACGUCAGAAGGAGGCAGAGGUCAAGAAGGGCGGCUCGGGCGCGGCUGCCAAGAAGCGCGUCAAGGAGGCAGAGGCAAAGGUCAAGGAGGCCCAUGCUCGCAAGACUGUCCUCGAAGAGUACAUGCAAGAGGUCUUUGACACCAUGUUUGUCCACCGUGUACGCGACGCCGACUCGGCGAUCCGCAGUGACUGCAUCCGCGAACUCGGCGUUUGGGUCAAAAAGUACCCAGAAAUGUACCUCCAAAGCCAGUUCUUCAGCUACUUUGUCCGCGGCACCAACGACCCCGACCACAGUGCCCGUCUCGAGACCGUCAAGGCUCUCUCAGGCAUCUUCUCCAACGCCGCCUCGGCCACCAACGCCAGCUCGUUCAGUUUGCGUCUCGCUCCGCGCCUGAUCCAAAUGGCCGCCCUCGACGUCGAGACUUCGAUCCGCACCAACGCCAUCACUGUCAUCACCCAGAUUGACAAGACUGGCGCCCUUGAGGACGACGAGGACGAGGAGCAGCGCUCUACCGUGUCGCGCCUCAUCUUUGACGAGGAGCCACGCAUCCGCAAGGCCACUGCACCAUUUGUCAAGGGACUGUGGGAGGAGCGCGCCGACAAGCUCAAGAGCGAGUUUGGUGCCCUCCGUGACGGAAAGAAGAAGCGCGCCGCCAAGGUCAAGGACGCCGACCUCGACCAGCGCUUUGAGUGGAAGGCCCUUGCCCAGCUUCUUGUCGAGACUGCCGAGUCGCUCGAGAAGGAGAAGGCGUCCGACGAGGCUAGCUCGUCCAAGCAGCCCGAUGCCGUCACGACCGAUACUAGCUCGAGCAUUACUACCCGUGCCGCUGCUGCUGCCGACGCACUCUACCAGCACAUGGAGUUGCUUCAGGACUGGCACGCGCUUGUCGACUACCUCCUCCUCGACCACUCGACCUCCGAGACUGACUCCUGGCUCCUCACUGAGCAGGAAGAGGACUUUAUGCUUGAGAUGCUCAUCACCUGCAUCAAGCGCGAGGACGAUGACGAAGAGGAGGAGAAGAGCAAGGCGCUCAUGAAGGUUAUCCCCCGUCUGUUCGCGAAGCACCAUGCCGAGGUCAGCCGCAUUGUCGGCGUCCUCUCGAUCCCCGAACACAUGAACUUGGGACUGUACCUCGACAUGCGCAAGACCUCUGCGUACGAGUCACUGUGGGACGACGUCACCAAACAGUUCCUUCAGCACACCGAACCUGCAGUUCUCUCGGCUGCCAUCCAAGCUAUCAACACGUUGAAUAGCACCGAGUCCAUGGCGGCUACAAACUCUCAAAAGCUCGCCGAGCUUGAGGACGCCCUCUUUGCUACACUGCGUGACGCUGUCAAUGGCGAGGACGUUCCCGCCAUGGUCAUUUCCGAGGACCAGAUUGGCAGCAUUGAGGCUAUCCUUCUCCGUAUCACCCUUCUCGCUCGCAGCCGUGACAUUGUUGCUGCUAUGGAGGACGUCGAGGGCGGCCAAAGCAGUGGCUGGACCAUCGUCGCGGCCUUUGCGGGCCGAGGUGGUCUGGGCUAUAAGGAGGAGGCAAAGCUCGUCGAGCACGCGCUGCAGAUUGUCUUCCUCCAUGUCGCAUGGCUGUUCAGGCGCUUCACCGAGGCCGACAUUGAGGAUGAGGCCAAGGUCGCCGAGCUCAAGGCGCGCCGUGACGAGGCACGCGACAUUUUUGAGACAUUUGGCCUGCCUGACCGUAGCAACGCGGCCGAGACCGUCCGCCGGCAGGCAUUCAUCGCGUUCAUCAACCUCCACGUUCUCUUCUCCAACCGAGGCGAAAAGGCCCAGCCGGCCGCCAAGGCUGCUGGUCUGGAAAUGGCCACUGACAAGCAGCACAAGCUUGGCGGUGCCUUCCAGGCAGCUGUUGAGCGCUACGCGUCCGACAUCGAGGAAGACUCGAAUGAAGACCAGGGGCAGGAGAUGAGCCUUGCCGCUACCCAGCGCGAGGUUGUCUUCCUUCAACUCGUGUCCGUCUUUGUCGGUGCCAUCCGCUGCGGUGUUCUCGACGUCGAGCAAGCCCGCGAGCCUCUGGCUCAUUACGGCCGCUUUGAGCUUACCUACGACAUUGUCGUCAAAAAGCUGGUGGACGUUCUCCGCGACGAGGGUAUUUACAACCGCGACGCCACUACUGUCCAGCACGUCAUUGGCCAGGCUCUCCAGAACUCGUUCACCAUGUUCCUCGAGAAGGACGAAAAGGACGAGUCAGACGCCCCCGUUGCCCUCGCCCGUUUGGCAGCGAGUGCGUUUGUCGUGCACGGCACGCACUUUACUGUGCUCAAGCAAAUCCACCCCGACGAUGUUUACGACCUCCACGUUGGUGCGAUUGACUGGUUGUUCAAGCAGGUGCGCGUGUUGGUCAAGCAGCAGCUUGCCAAGGACAAUGCGACUGCCAAGCAGCAGGUAGCCAAGAAGCGCGGCCAGCUGUUCCACUUUUUCCGUCCCCUCGCUCUCCUGCUUGGCCCCAUCACCGGUCGCGAUGCCCUGCGUAUCCGCUCGCACCUCGAGAAGACUAUCGACGACAGCGGCGUUGCAGAGACCCAGGCUCGCAACUCGUCUGCGUACAAGGCAUACGAGAAGCGCCUCGUGGCCGUCGCCGGCAAGGACUCGGAGCUAAAGGUCGCUGCUCGCAAGUCGCCACCUGCCAAGGCUAGCAAGGCCGCCAAGAGCGCCGAGGUUAUCGAGGACAGCGACGGGGAGGAUGCCCAAGAGGAGCAAGCCCACGACGAGGGUGCACAAGAAGAGGACGCCCAAGAAGAGGACGCCGAGGUCGACGAGAUCCAGGACCCCGAUGAUGAGGAGGACGGCGACAGGACGGUUGUUCUGGAGAACGGAGCCGAGGCGAACGGAGACGACGCAGACGAUAUCGAGGAGGAGAAUGGCCACACCGAGGCCGAAGAGAUCGAAUCAGCAGCAGCAGACAGCGACGAGCCUAUGACCAACGCCGACGACGAUGAGCCUGUGGCGGUGACCAACGGAAACAAGAGGACACUUCCCGAAGACGACGACGACGAGUUGCCAGACGUCAACCUCGGAUCCCAGGUGGACAUGGACGUCGAGAUUGACCUCGCGUUCAACUCGUCACCCGGACGUGAGCGCAGCGAGUCGCUCGAACCCAACGCCAAGCGCCGAAAGACGGUCACAAAGUACUAG